UUUGAUCGGAGAUCCGCUUGACCUGAAGAUGUUUGAAUUUAUUCAUUGGAUAUUGGAAGAGACCGGACAAGGAAGCUCGUAUCCAACAGGCUCAACGAGUUCUUCGCUAUCUCAAAUAGCUAGCAACAUAGUUCCAACAGUUGUUAGGUCUCCAGGCAGCAGAAUGUCUGAUUUAUCUGAUUUAUUGGCUACUGAUGGACUGAAUGGAAAAUCAACGCCUUUCGUUGAACUUGGCAUUAUCCGUACUUUCGAGUUUAUGACUUCUCUGAGACGUAUGAGCGUUUUGGUAAAACGCUUAGGGAGCAAGACAAUCGAAGUCUAUGUCAAAGGCGCUCCAGAAGUCAUGCGAGAUAUUUGCAGAAGGGACACAUUACCUGAAGAUUAUGAUAGCCAGCUCUACUAUUAUACACAUCAUGGUUUUCGUGUGAUAGCAUGCGCCGGUAAAAGCUUUGACAACUUCAACUGGAUGAAAGCACAGAAAGUUAAAAGGGAACAGGUCGAGCAGGAGCUCCAGUUUUUAGGAUUUAUCAUAUUCGAAAAUAAAUUAAAACCUGAAACCACGCCUGUUAUUGAGACUCUGCGAAACGCGAGAAUUCGUCAGAUUAUGUGUACGGGCGACAACGUGCUGACUGCCAUAAGCGUCUCGCGCGAAUGUAAGCUUAUUGACAAGAAUGUGCGCGUAUAUGUGCCUAAAUUUGUCCAAGGCUCCGCUUUGGUACCAGAGUCAACGAUUGUAUGGGAAAGUUUGGAGAACCCUGAAGACACAUUAGACACGAGAAAUCUUCAGAUGAGACCUAGCGAACGACCAUCGAUUCGAGACAGUCCCUUUGCAUAUCCUUCAGCGUUUGAUCCUUAUAAUUAUAAUCUUGCUAUUACUGGUGACGCAUUCAGAUGGAUGGUCGAUUAUGCUGCCGAUGAAACAUUUUUGCGCAUUUUAAUCAAAGGACAGAUAUACGCAAGAAUGUCUCCUGAUGAGAAGCACGAACUGGUAGAAAAAUUACAGGGAAUGGGCUAUUGUGUUGGCUUUUGUGGAGACGGUGCCAAUGACUGUGGUGCUUUGAAGGCUGCAGACGUUGGACUAUCGCUGUCAGAGGCAGAAGCAUCUGUAGCGGCGCCAUUUACAAGUAAAACUACAAACAUUGGCUGCGUGAUUGAAGUGAUAAAAGAAGGUAGAGCUGCCCUCGUGACGAAUUUUAGCUGCUUUAAAUACAUGGCUCUUUACAGCAUCAUACAGUUCACGACUGUCAGCUUGCUAUAUAUAUUUUCGUCUACUCUUGGCGACUUUCAGCGUCCAACCGCAGAUCUAGUAUCAAAAAAGGUCAUGACAUCUCUUCUUGGACAAAUUUUGAUACAAUCUGGGUUCCAAUUUUACGUCUAUUUUCUUGUUAGACGACAACCAUGGUAUACUCCUCCAGACAUUGACCCUGACGAAGACAAUAUAAUGUGUUGGGAGAACACAGCAUUGUUUUUGGUAUCCUGUUUCCAGUAUAUUCUGAUUGCAGUUGUGUUUAGUGUGGGUCCUCCAUACAGGAAAUCGAUGAAUACAAACGCGUAA